CCGCUCUCUUUCUCUCGCACUCACACAUGCAUUAAACAGGAUGAGGCAGAAACACUCAAGUAGAGAUAGGAAGAGGUAGCAUUUUACAUCCUGCACUUGAGAAUGGACUUUGACUACCAAAAGAUUAAAGAUGCUGAAUCUCAGCAGAGAGAAGAGCGAUUGAGCGCGCUUUCUUUCCAUUACCCAAGACCAAGUCCCCGUCCAUCUGUAGCUCCAGAGAACCAUCCCACAACCAAGAAACCUCCCAUAAAACCCCGGCGGAGCAUCAAGUGUCGUCCCACAGCACAACAGGACCAGCAGAAGGAAAAUGAGACGACAGUGAAGCGGAUGGAUCCUGCUCUGGUUUUGGGUCCCGUGAGGCCCCUGGAGGCUCUGACUCCAUCUCUGCGCGCUCACACUCUGCUGUGGUUUGAAAGAAUGCAGCUGCCACGACUGCACAGGCCCGGACAGCCUCUUCCCCGCUGGCUCCAUGGUUUCGCUACACGCAGGGAAGCGGAACAGCUGUUGCAGGAUAAGCCACAAGGCUGUUUCCUGUUGAGGCUGAGCGAGUCAAAGAUUGGCUUUGUGCUGUCUUACAGAGGAGAAGACCGGUGUCGUCAUUUCAUAAUUGAAGAGGAGGAGUAUGGAUCAUCUGGUAGUGUAUAUCUAAUUGCUGGAGAACACAGCCGGCAUAGAAGCUUGGACGACCUAAUCAGCUACUACACCCAUAAUCCUGUGGGGCCUUUUAAUGAGAUGUUGACCAUACCUUGUAUUCAGCCAGAUGGGGUUUUUGCGGAAAUUAAUGGGUGGCGGGUGAAGGAUGAGGAAGAAGAGAGAAAUGGAAAAGCAAUAGAUCGAGAGGAAAAGACAAAACUGCCCAUGGCCAUCGGUCCAGCUGUUGUGGAUUCAUUACCCACAAACCCAUCCAAACAGACCGCUUCUGCUACAGAAGAGCCUGUGCAGUAUGCAGCCGUGAGAAAGCCACUAAAAAAGACCCACUCGCUGCCAGAAUGCAAGUGUGGAAGUGAAACAGCGCCUCCUGGGAUAGAAAAUGGAAGUUCUGAGGUUGCUGAAAACCCCUCAAAUCUUAAUCUAACAGGGGAUCAACUUUCUCCUGUGGAUGUCCAGUAUGCUCGAGUUAUUAAACCGCCAAGAGCAGUAUCAGAAAAUACCCCUAACUUCAGUGCCCAACCUGACCUCCAGGGAGCAACAGCAGCCUUUACCCCUCCAUCCAUCCCAAACUUUGACACAACAGCAGCAGACCCGAAAUACUGGAAACUGGAGCCCAUGCACACUUACGAAGAACCCCCCCACACACGCAGUCGUCCAGAAGAGAUUGACUGCUAUGCCGUGGGGUGGAGGAGGCAGGCGGCAGGGGAUGAAGUGAACCUUCCAAGGAAUCAUCUAUAUUCAGAGGUGAACAUCAGGGGUGCCCAAGAUGGCUUUGCUGUACCAAGACCCGAGCCUAGUCUUCCUCUAAGACCACCCCCAAGAUCUGCUCAUGGUCCUAUGCAUCCAGAGCUCAGAGGGCAGAGUUUUGGCGUGUCCCCACUGAUGACUCCACCUCAACACUUCGGUUUUCAUCAUUCAGAGCAGCUAAUUCUGAAUGCUUCCUCCAGCUCCAUUUAUGAGCAGAUUCCAGAAAGACCGACCAGCUCUAGAGCUUGUCUGCCCCCACCAAUUCACAAACGCUGACCUCAGGAUUAUAUAGACCCUGACUUCACCAAAAGAUUGUUUCAUUUGUAAAUACUCUUAAUAACGAGAUAAAAAAACAGCAUUGUGAUAUUAGGAUGACACAUAUGUGUAUCAAAACAUUACACUGCUUAAAAGCUGUAUAUACAUUUAUAAGGCUUGUUAGUAGUGAUCUCCCCAUGACUACUACUGUAUGCAUGUUUAUCAUGUUUAUAUAUUUUUCAUUUAUUUAAAUUGUAUGUUUUUUUUCUCCAUAGAAUCAGUCACUCAUUCAAAGUUAUAAUUGCACAGUAAAUGACUCCAUUUUUAAUCAAAUAUAUUAUUAGGAUUACCUACCACAGAUUUUGUUUUAGUGAAUUUUAGCAUUUAGCAGAAAUUUAGCAUUUUGAAUUACCAAAUGAUUAGGGAUAGCUUCCAGUGAGCUUUGACCAAUCAUAAUAUAACUAGCUUGAACUAUUUAGCUGAUGAGAUUACUAUAAAAGACUAUGAAUGCACUAACCACAGCACGAGAAGAAGAUCACAGAAAAAGCAAGCAGACACAAAGAGGAAAUUAUAUUUCGGUGAGUGACCAGACACACAGAGCAUCUCUAUAAAACCCUUUUUUUAUUUCCACAAACAAGCCCCACAUUGAUCAUGAAGAAUUGUGCAGUUCUGUUUAGCAUUUGAGAAUCAUUACAAAAAAAGGUGGUGCACCUGAAGCCACCAUGGAAUGGCCACUUUAAAUACCAAAAGCAGUUGGUGAACCUCCUAUUUGAUGCUUAUCCCUCAAAUAAAUGUUCUGAUGAAGACCAACAUCACUUAAAAACUGAUUAAAUCAUUGACCAUUUACCCCAAUAUGGGUAAUUUAUUCAAAACCAACAUUCUCAACUCCACCAUAAUUCACUUAACCCCCCCACCCCCCAUUCACACAA